AUGGCGGGACGAAGAUCGAAUAUCCUUAAGCCGCAGGAGAAGCGGGCAAAACCUGCGGCGAAGAGGCGGCCGAAAAACAACUUAAAUGCGCUGGCUACAGCAGAGAAACAAUAUCCCACAAAGACAAAAAUGCGAAGACACCGGCUCGGCGACGACGAACUCAGCCAGCCUACCCGAAAGCGCGGGAUGGACGGUGACGAUGACGAGGAUGAGGACGCCGGCCGGUCGAAACGACCACGAAGAGGGCUAGACCAGGACGGAUCGGACGUCGAUGGAGGUAGCGACAGCGACGGCAAUGAGUGGAGGAUAGGGGCAGUCGAUAGUGAUAACGACAGUGAUAUUGACAGUGAUGAGGCUAUGGGUGAGAGUGACGAAGAAAAAUUCGAAGGCUUUACGUUCCGCGGCAGUUCGACAAUGCAGAAAAAGGGCAAGAAGCCUGCAAAGGUUCAGAAGCGUAAAGCUGACGUUGAGCUAUCUGAAGGUGGGGAGGACGAUCUAUUGAAUGAAGAGUUUGAUGGCUUCUCGGAUGAAGAGGAGGAAGAUGAGGAAGAUGAUGAUCUUGGGGAGGAUGCUGUGGACCUUGCAACAGCGUGGGAUAUGAAUGAGGAGGAAUCUGAAGCAGAGGCUCCCAAAAAAUCCUCGAAGGGCAAAAAGAGCAAAGCCGACGCUAUGUCUGAAGAUGAUGAAGACCGUUCAUCAGCCGAAUCAGGCGAUGAGGACGAGGACGAGGAUGAGGAUGGGGAUGACGCGGAGUCUGACACGUCUGAGCUAUCCAUAUCCGACAAUGAAGGAGAGACGAAGCAAGGUCUCACCAAGCUCCAAAGAUUUGUGACUUCUUUGGGCCAGAAUGCUGGUUCAGUUACUGCUACAAGGCCGAAGACAGCUGUUCCUGGAGGAGAUCCUACAGAAUUUGGCUUAGCCCCAAGUCGAAAGCUUACAGUGGCAGAUUUGAUGCCCAGUAUAUCAGACUCUCGCAUGAAGGGCGCACUGAAGCAUAUUGACAACGACCCAUCUUCUACGACAAAUAAUACCGGGAUUCCUGGAAAACUAGAUGUUCCUCUUGCAAAACGACAACAGGAUCGCCUUGAUCGAGCUGCUGCUUACGAGAAAAGUAAAGAAACGCUGGCUAGGUGGAUAGAAACCGUCAAAUCCAAUAGGCGGGCUGAACAUCUCUCUUUCCCUCUUGCGGAGCCGGAUGCGCUGCAGCCUUCUAAAGUCGUGGACUCCAAGCCUCGAACCGAUCUCGAAACUACCAUUCAAAAUAUACUGGUGGAGAGCGGGUUAGCAGACUCGAAGAAUGGAACCGCAGAGGAUAAAAUACAGGAAUUCGAGGAGCUCCAAGCGAAGAAAAUUUCUCUUGAAGAGAUCCAGGCUCGUCGUGCAGAACUCCGGAAACAAAGAGACUUGUUAUUCCGCGAAGAAAUUCGGUCAAAGAGAAUCAAGAAGAUCAAGAGCAAGGCUUAUCGCCGUGUCCAUCGAAAAGAGCGAGAGCGGCUGGAGAAGACGGAACAGGAAGCACUUGCAGCCGCGGGGGUGGAUAUGGACGAAGAAGAUCGAGAGCGUAACGAUAGGUUACGCGCAGAAGCUAGGAUGGGCUCAAAACACAAAGAUAGCAAAUGGGCUAAGAGUCUCAAGCAGACAGGUCGAACGGCGUGGGACGAAGAGGCCAGAACGGAGAUGGCGGAUCUGGCAAGAAGGGAAGAAGAGCUGCAAAAGCGAAUUCAAGGGAAACGCGUUGUCGACGAAGACGAUGAGUACCUAUCGUCGAGCUCUGAGGGUGAUGAUGAGAGCGGAUCGGAAAUCGAAGGGUUUAAACUGCGAGAAAAGAUUGACAAGCUCAAUGGCGACGAAAAGGAGGCUACUAAAGAAUCAGGACCAUAUUCCGGCUUACUCUCUAUGAAGUUUAUGCAGAACGCCGACGCAGCACGAAAAGAAUCAAACGAUCGCGAGCUGAGACAAAUUAAACGCCAGCUCAAUGGUGAAAAGUCUGCAUCGGAAGAAGAGAUACAAGAAGAGGCUGGUCGCCAAAAGUUCGGCAAACAGGUCACAAAAGCAUCAAAUACGCUCCCUUCGAAGUCUUCACAUGACCGCGAGGCCAGCAAUGAUGAGGCACUUGAGGCUUCCGGUUCAGAAUCCGAUAUCGAAAUUCGCGUCAACUCCGAGUCGAAGCAGAAGCCCAAGGCGAAAUCAUCCUUGAAGAAAAAACGCCAUAACCUGGAUGCCACAAAACAAUCUACGGAAGAUGAGGGGGAGAAUCCCUGGCUUACAGAGACGUCCAAGAAGCCGCGGUCGAAAAAAGGAGCUGUCAAUGCUACCGCAGAAGUUAGCUUAAUUGACAAUUCUGGGUCAAUUAUUCCUCUAGAAACCGAUCAGCGGGGCUCUAAAUCAAAGCGUCAAGGCGGUUCAGGAAAAGCGGCCGUUCAGCAUGUUAACGAUGAUGAGCGGUCUGAGGAUGAGGAUGAAUCCAGCGUGCCCGUCCUCCUUAAAAAUGAGGAGUUGAUCAAGAGGGCGUUCGCCGGCGAUGAAGUGCUACAGACGUUCAAUAGCGAGAAAAAGCAAACCAUCAAAGAAGAAGAUGACAAGGUGGUAGAAGACACGCUGCCUGGAUGGGGAAGCUGGGCUGGAGCAGGACUCAGCCGAGCAGACAAGAAGCGGGUUAAACGGACGUUCACCACCAUCGAGGGAAUCAGCGCUGAAAAGCGAAAGGACGCAAAACUUGACCGAGUUAUCAUUAACGAAAAACAGGUGAAAAAGAACAACAAGUAUCUCGCUUCCCAGCUCCCACAUCCGUUUGAAUCCAGGCAGCAGUACGAGCGGUCCUUGCGACUACCCAUUGGCCCUGAGUGGACGACCAAGUCAACCUUCCAAACCGCAACGAAGCCUCGCGUGAUGAUUAAACAGGGUGUUAUCAAACCAAUCCAACGGCCCGCAUUAACAGGCGCUCUUCUGUGUAACCCGCCUUCGGGCAACCGUGGUGUAGGAGACCACUCGGUGACCCUAUCAGCUGAUGCUCUUCGAUCUAUCCUGGAGUUGUUUGCGGCAAGAGAUCAAACCGCAGAGGGUGGCGUCCCCAUCUCCAACCCGUCUGGCCAUGGAGAAGAUGAUCCAGCAGCGCGAUGGGACCUCGAGAUCGAUUAUCCCUUCGCAUGUGCUCAUGUCGAUCGUGUUUUGACUGACCAUUGA